UUGAGUUAUGUCCGUGUUGUCGAGGAUUUCAGGUAGUCCAGAAGAUGGCGAUGUAAGCUUUGAAGGAGAGAGAAGAGCGGCUGUACGGGUGACUUAGUGGCUUUACCUAACAGAUACAGAGGUGACAGCGUCUCAAACAUUUCCCUGCUGCUCUAUAUCUCUUCUGACGCGCAGCAGUUGCCGUUUUCUUCUCGUGAAUGAAGGCUUUGGGCUCACUGGAUACAAAGAGACUCCAAUAUAUGAUUUGGAUGAGGACAACAUAUUAUGGUUCUUUAAUAAUAACCAACAUCACCAGUAUCUCAAGGAUGCAAAGUUGAAUUGCAGGCGACAAACAGAAACCGAAAUGUUGAAGGUACUGAGUAGUGCGCCCAGCGGUGCUCUUCUGUAAGAGGAGGGUUUAAUCAGGGUCGUUAUCCGCCCCUUUAAUGCAAGUGUCCAUGGAGUACGGAUCUACCAGGACAUUACCAUCGGAAGUCCUUCACGGACACUUCACAGUGGCUUUUGUAAAAAAUGUGCGGCGUUUGGGUCGCCAGUAACACAGUUAUUUACAAUGAUGGGACCGCGCAGCCAGUCUCAGGCAGAACCAAGCAUGACUCCGCCACGAUGCUCAUCUACUGCUGCUGACAGGUUGCCUACGGAAACUGUUCAGAGGAAUAACAGCAGUAAUACUGGUGUUAUUCUGGACAUUUCCACCCUGAAAAUGGCCGAUGUGGACUCUGAGGUCCCUCCUCUACCUCCACGAUACCGCUUUCGAGAUCUGCUGCUCGGGGAUCAGUCUUUUCAGAAUGAUGACAGGGUGCAGGUGGAGUUUUAUGUAAAUGAAAACACAUUCAAGGAGAGGUUGAAGCUCUUCUUCAUCAAAAACCAAAGGUCAAGUCUCAGAAUACGCCUCUUCAACCUCUCCUUGAAGUUGUUAACAUGCCUCCUCUAUAUAAUCAGAGUCUCACUAGAUGAUCCAACUAACCAGGUCACAUGUGCACGGAAACAUUGCACAAACAUCACAGAUGCCCUUUGCAACAAAGCCUGUGGCAACUACACAACAAACCUGACCACAGAUCCCAUACAAAUAAACUGGGAGUUAAUAUUUUGGGUGAAUAGGAGAGUUCCUGUAUGGGCGAUACAGGUGACAGUGGCCUUAAUUAGCUUCUUGCAAGCUAUGCUUCUGGCGUAUCUCAGCUACAAGGGGAACAUUUGGGAGCAGAUUUUCCAAAUCUCCUUUAUCAUUGAGAUGAUCAAUACAGUGCCGUUCAUAAUUACAAUCUUUUGGCCUCCGCUGAGGAACAUAUUUGUUCCUGUGUUUCUUAACUGUUGGCUUGCCAAAUCAGCGCUGGAGAACAUGAUUAAUGAUCUCCAUCGUGCCAUUCAGCGCACACACUCUGCCAUGUUCAACCAGGUCCUCAUUCUGAUCUGUACACUGCUCUGUCUGGUCUUUACUGGGGCUUGUGGGAUUCAGCACCUCGAGCGGGCAGGGAAGAGUCUCUCCCUCUUCGACGCUUUAUAUUUCUGCAUCGUCACCUUCUCGACUGUUGGUUAUGGAGAUGUCACACCCAGAAUCUGGCCCUCUCAGCUACUGGUGGUCAUCAUGAUCUGUGUGGCUCUGGUGGUGCUGCCAUUACAGUUUGAGGAGUUAGCGUAUCUUUGGAUGGAGAGGCAGAAGUCAGGUGGAAACUACAGCAGACAUCGUGCUCAGACAGAGAAGCAUGUGGUUCUCUGCGUCACUUCACUCAAAAUAGACCUGCUCAUGGAUUUCCUCAAUGAGUUCUACGCCCACCCGAGACUACAGGAUUAUUAUGUGGUGAUACUCUGUCCCACUGAGAUGGACAUCCAGGUUCGGCGUAUACUGCAGAUCCCGCUGUGGUCUCAACGGGUUAUCUACCUCCAAGGCUCUGCACUGAAGGACCAAGACCUGAUGAGGGCCAAGAUGGACGAUGCAGAGGCGUGCUUCAUCCUCAGCAGCAGAAAUGAAGUGGACCGCACUGCAGCUGAUCAUCAAACCAUUCUGCGAGCAUGGGCUGUGAAGGACUUUGCUCCAAACUGUCCUCUAUAUGUCCAGAUUCUCAAACCUGAGAACAAAUUCCAUGUCAAAUUUGCAGAUCAUGUGGUGUGUGAGGAGGAGUUCAAGUAUGCCAUGCUGGCCCUCAACUGUGUGUGUCCGGCCACCUCUACACUGGUCACACUCCUGGUGCACACAUCUCGUGGACAGGAGGGACAAAUGUCUCCAGAACAGUGGCAGAGGACGUAUGGCCGCUGCUCGGGGAACGAAGUUUACCACAUUCGUUUGAUGGACAGCAAGUUCUUUGGCGAAUAUGAUGGGAAGAGUUUUACUUAUGCCUCCUUCCAUGCACAUAAAAAGUAUGGUGUCUGCCUAAUUGGCACCAAGAGAGAAGACAAUAAGAGCAUACUUCUGAACCCUGGCCCUCGCCACAUCAUGUCUGCCACAGAUACCUGCUACUACAUCAACAUCACUAAAGAGGAGAACUCUGCCUUCAUCUUCAAACAGGAGGAGAAGCACAGCAAAGGGCAGUCGGCCACUGGCGUGUAUGACGCCCCCUCUCGUCUCCCGGUGCAGAGCAUCAUUGCAAGCAUGGGAACUGUGGCCAUUGACCUGCAGAACCCAGAUCCCCCGGUUGACAGCAGUAAACUGGCCCUGCCCACAGAGAACGGAGCUGGGAGUCGUAGACCCAGCAUUGCCCCUGUGCUGGAGAUCGCCGAUUCCUCUGCAAUCCUGCCUUGUGAUCUUCUCAGUGAUCCCUCAGAAGAUGAGACCAACCAAUCGGAUGAUGAAGGAGCACCAGCCUUAGAGUGGAUUAGAGGCUAUCCUCCAAACUCCCCUUACAUUGGAAGCUCCCCAACUCUUUGUCACCUUUUGCAACAAAAGGCACCGUUUUGUUGCCUACGACUUGACAAGGGUUGUCGGCACAAUAGCUUUGAAGACGCCAAGGCAUAUGGUUUCAAAAACAAGUUGAUUAUCGUUUCUGCUGAAACUGCAGGAAAUGGCCUGUACAACUUCAUAGUGCCACUGCGUGCCUAUUACCGACCCCGGAAGGAGCUGAAUCCCAUUGUGCUGCUAUUGGAUAAUCCGCCUGAUAAUCAUUUUCUUGAAGCCAUCUGCUGUUUCCCUAUGGUGUACUACAUGGCUGGUACCAUUGACAAUUUGGAUAACCUGCUGCAGUGUGGCAUCAUCUACGCUGAUAACCUGGUGGUGGUGGAUAAGGAGAGCACUAUGAGUGCAGAGGAAGACUACAUGGCAGAUGCUAAAACCAUAGUCAAUGUGCAGACCAUGUUCAGGUUGUUUCCUAGUCUCAGCAUAAUCACUGAGCUAACCCAUCCUUCUAAUAUGAGAUUCAUGCAGUUUCGUGCCAAAGACUGCUACUCCCUGGCUCUCUCCAAACUUGAAAAGAUAGAGAGAGAUAAGGGCUCUAAUCUGGCAUUCAUGUUCCGCCUCCCAUUCGCUGCAGGCAGAGUGUUCAGUAUUAGUAUGCUGGAUACUCUUCUUUACCAGGGUUGUCGGCACAAUAGCUUUGAAGACGCCAAGGCAUAUGGUUUCAAAAACAAGUUGAUUAUCGUUUCUGCUGAAACUGCAGGAAAUGGCCUGUACAACUUCAUAGUGCCACUGCGUGCCUAUUACCGACCCCGGAAGGAGCUGAAUCCCAUUGUGCUGCUGUUGGAUAAUCCGCCUGAUAAUCAUUUUCUUGAAGCCAUCUGCUGUUUCCCUAUGGUGUACUACAUGGCUGGUACCAUUGACAAUUUGGAUAACCUGCUGCAGUGUGGCAUCAUCUACGCUGAUAACCUGGUGGUGGUGGAUAAGGAGAGCACUAUGAGUGCAGAGGAAGACUACAUGGCAGAUGCUAAAACCAUAGUCAAUGUGCAGACCAUGUUCAGGUUGUUUCCUAGUCUCAGCAUAAUCACUGAGCUAACCCAUCCUUCUAAUAUGAGAUUCAUGCAGUUUCGUGCCAAAGACUGCUACUCCCUGGCUCUCUCCAAACUUGAAAAGGUGUCAUAUCUAAACAACCACACCUUGUCUUUUUCUCCUCUGGUACGAACUGAAGAGGGUACUUACAUGACAGAGGGUACUGCAGUGGCUCAAACAGAUGAAAUGAAUGAUAAUCAGAACACGUUAUCAUAUGUGCUGAUAAACCCUCCUCCGGACACCAUUCUAGAGCUCAAUGAUAUUGUCUACAUCAUCCGUUCUGAUCCGCUGGCACACGUCCCUGAGAAUCUCCCAGGGGCUCCGGCCGGAGUGAAACUACGACAAGACUAUGGACCUGAGACGAGGGAUGAGACCCAUCUGUAGGAACUGGAAGUUCUCGUUAACCCUCCCUUCUCCGCCUUGAGCUGCUACAGUCUGCAUGAAGAUUGACAGGACUCACAACCGACAUGACCCAUGUGCCAACACAUUCACAACCCAAGCUGCCCAACCAAGCCAAAUGGUCGUAACUGUAGAACUGAAACACUUUACAGAUUCCUCUUUUCUACAACACAGACAUACAGAAUCUCGUGACACAUUUCAGACUUCUCUGAAUGUGGCUGGUUAUUACAUUUUUGUAUUUGAGACUUGGCUCAGUGCAAGUGUGAGGUGUUGAAUCAGUUUGGACCAAACGAGAUUGGAUUUAUAGGGCAGUAUACUGUAUAUCAGAAACAUUACGUAAAGCAGCAUUCAAGAGGGCAGCUAAAGACAGAAGGGAAAAAAACAACUAUUACAUCAGUCAGCUGUCCCGAGUGGACCAGAACACUGGAUAGUCAUAUGUGAGGUGUUUCAGUAUGAUAUUGAACAGAAUUAGUUUACAUCAGUGCUAUAUUUUGUACUUGUAUAGCACGAAUAUAGUAUAUAUAAAUAUAUAUUUGUAUAUAAGUUAGCCACAUAUUCUUUUACAUGCUCAGUGACUUAGUAUUCACAGUAUUUUGUUGUGUUUUCUUCCUCAAAGCACAAAGGGUUUUACAUUUGAAAUUGCUAAUCUCAAGCUAAAGCUUUUACAUGAUUGAACACCAUGAUGAUUUACUGUAAAUCACUGUCAAUUAUCACUACAAAUGUUAUCAUGCACCAGUUUACAUGUGCUGAGAACAGAAGCUAGAUCAAGUUCUUUACCGUACGAUUUCGAAUUUACAGGGAAAAAAUGGAACCUAUUCUACAGCAAACACAUUGAAGAGAUGUCAAAUGGUAAUAUAUAUAAGAUUAAUAUUGAAACAGGUUUGGUGUCAAACUUAUGAAUUGUGUUUGGGUUAUACAAUCGAAAAUAUUAGAUGUAAUAUACACUGUUGGUAACCAUUGUUUUUCGGUGGCAUUUUGCUUCAAAGCUAACAAGUGUUUGUUGUUUGUUUUCUCUUUACAAUAGCAUUCAGCAUUUGUAUUUAUAAAAAUAUUCAUAAUUUUUUUCAGUGUGCACAAUGUACGUUACUGCUCAUUUAGGACAAAAACGUAUCGCUAUAUAUUAGCUAUAUAUCUCUAUAUAAAUAUUAUAUAGAGAGUGCACGAGGGAGAGUAUACAUCAUUUGAAUUUGCCGAUUUUAUUGCACUAAGCUCUGUUUAUAGAGCAGUACACAGUAACCCUUUAAACUACAUAUAGAAAACAUUACAAAUUUUACAUUUCACAUUAAUAUUUGUGUUUUGUUUUUGCCUUCUGUAUUAAGACAUAUUGCAUUGUUCAUUUGCCAUUCCAAUCAGUAUAUGGAGCUGACAUUUAAAGCUAUCAUGGAAAGCUGCUCUUGAUUUGAAUAUUUCUAUUGUUUUAACAGACAGAUGUAUUUAUCUUUCUUUGAACAGACCCUUUGCGCAAAGUAGCUAAGGUUGAAUACCUCUCCUAUCAUUCUUAGCUGUCUGUCUCCACAAAGAAAUGCGAUAGAUGACAGUACAAGCAAUGAAAUAGGAAUCUUUGUAGCUAUUAUGUUAAAAUAAAAACGUUAUAAUUCUGUAUUCAUGUUUACAGCAUAUUUAAGGCAUUUUCUGCCUUAUAUCACUUCUAUUAAUCUGGCUUAUCAGUUUAUUUAUUGCUUAGCUCCAAGACUCAAUCUCGGUAGUAAAUGGAGGCGUCAACCCUUGACAUAUUGGGCAGAAUACUGUACAGUUCAUCAAACUACAUUCAUGUUUUUUGCUUGCAUAAAGAUAUUGUCACCUACAUUGUCCAUCAGUCACUGUUUUCUCAUGCAGAUUGCUUUGGGAAGGUUUUGUUUUUUUAACGUUUUCCUAAAUUUCCAGCCAUAAUUGGAAAGGAUAUGCAUAGUGUGCAUGUUAAAAAUAUCAGCCUGCAGAUUCUUCUAUUUUUACUAGUUCCCUAAGAUUUAAAUCCUGUAUCUUGAUCAGCUGAUCAAAGCUGCUGCAAUUUACUAAAUUUCUUUGUUAUUUGUCCAGUAGUUUUAGAAUAAUAUGGACCAUGCAUGUCCUUAUCUUGCCAAAUGUGUCAGAGACCCAUGUUUACAGUUGCUGGCUCCUGUUUUUGGAUUGUGCUUAAUACAUGAACUUAUACAUUUUGUACAAUUUCUUAAAUGAAGUCUGUACUAACAUGUAAGAAUGAAUCAAUAAAUGCU